AUUUAUAGAGAUGUGUCUUAAAAUAGCACUGGAUAAAAAGCUUCAAUAAAAGGUUACCUGGCUAAAUCUUCUAUACAGGUUGUGAGAGAAAGAUGUGAAGGCCGAAAACAUGUUGACAUUAAUUGGUCAAAUUAUUGACUACAUGGUACCAGACGCGGAUGAUGAAGAAAAGGAAUUUGCUGAUAAUUUACGAAAACUACCAGUAUUUGAAAAAGAAAAAGAAGUCUAUGAAAGACGUCAAAUCCACGGUGAAAUAACGCAAAUUUUUAAUGGACAAGGUCUGAUAGAUCACGAGGUGUAUUUCUCUUUUUAUAGCGUUAGCGGAGAAAAAAAUCCGAAAGUUGGAGAUAAAGUUUCGGCAAUGGCAAUACAGACGCAAGAAAAUGGAGGCUGGUUGGCUGAAAGUGUAACGCUAGAUACGGCCACAUGGCAAAUUGGAAUAGAUAAUUUUAAAGACGGGGGGGCCUCAGAUUGUAAUAAUCAGUCAGCUGUUGUAGGAAAAGUAGCUUCUAUUCAAAACGGCAAGGGUCGUAUUAAUGAAAAUGUCAUAUUUGAUAUUGAAGAUGGUUGCCUCGGUGAAUUCAAACCAUUCAUAGGAGAUUGGGUGAAAGCAGAUGUUUUUACUCAUUCAGAUGUACUGAUAACAGCUGAAAAUGUUGAACCGUUGAGAAGCUUGACAGUUAAUGGGGAGAUAACUCUAGUUAAAGGAGAUCAUGGUUAUAUUAAUGGAGAUACUUUCUUUACUCUUGAAGUCUGUUUAAAUUCUUAUAAACCAAAGAAAUGGGAUCCUGUUAGAAUAACAGCUAUUGAGAGUGAACAAGGAAAGUGUGAAUGGAGAGCUACUUGUGUGGCGCCAAGAACUAAAGAUGCUCGCAGUUUAGGGACCAAGACAAAUGUAAAGUUACAGACUAAUGGUGAAGGGAGAUGGACAAUACCAGGACAAAGACCAAAACUGAAAGGUGGUAAAAUGAUUUUACCCAAGAGAUUAGAUCAUUAUCCCGUACCAGAUAGUUUACGUAACAGUGUUAUAGAUAAAGGUGAAGUAACAGCUAUAGAACCUGCUCUAACAGAAGUAUUAGAUAUAGACAAUUAUGUUGAUAGAUUUUCCGCUUUAUUACAUUUAGAAGAAAUACAAUAUGAAUUAGAUAUACGAGAAUUUGAUCUGAGUCAAGUGUGUCUCCGACAUGUGGGUAGAUGUUUAGGAUUAGCAGUAACAGGGUUAGCAGAAGGUCGACCAUCGGUUUUAAUGGGGGAUAAAAUUAUACUCUCGAUACCGGGGGAUCCCGAUGGACCAUAUUACGAGGGAUUCGUACAUGAGGUUUUGAAUCAAGAAGUUUUACUGAAAUUUAGCUAUGACUUUCAUAAUAAAUAUAACGGAGAAGAUUAUGAUGUAGAGUUUACAUUUAACAGGACAUCCUUGCGAAGAUGUCAUCAGGGUAUAAGAUUGGCUGUAAAACAACUAGGAAUAGAUUUUUUAUUUCCCUUGAACGUAACAAUGAAGACACCACAAAUUGAAGUCAAGAAACCUGUUUACAAUAUGGACGUCGUACCGUUAGAUACAACAUAUAUAAACUAUCAGAAACCACAGCAAGAGCAAGAAAAACCAGAAAAAACAAAACCUUCUUCUCCCACUAAAUAUGCGAACAUUAAUAAAGUGAAGGAAAUUUUAGAAUCUUGCAAUGACGGAAAGUUACCUGGACACAAACAAACUAAAACAGUCGCUCCAGCGUCGCCACGGAAACCCAAAAAAUAUUUACCUAGUAUUAGUCCAUGGAUUCAGGAUAAGAUUGUCUUUAUUAAUCCAGAUUUAAACGACUGUCAGAAAAUGGCCGUUAUUAAAAUAGUGCUGGGACAAAGUCGUCCAUUGCCUUACAUAAUAUUUGGACCACCAGGAACUGGUAAAACAAUAACAGUGGUGGAAUCGAUGUUACAGAUUUUAUUAAGAAUUCCGUCCAGUCGUAUUGUCGCCUGUACACCAUCAAACAGUGCUGCUGAUCUUCUCAUAGAAAGAUUGUAUGCAAGUGGUCAAGUCAAAGUUUGCGAUAUGGUUCGUCUUAAUUCAUUCCAUCGCAAGGAAGGCGCUAUUCCAGAUAUAGUUUUACCAUUUAGUGCCUCCGGUGAAGAUUUAAAUCUUAUAUCCAGACAUCGUAUAGUUGUGUGUACGUGUAAUAUGGCCGGGUCUAUGUUUAAUCUGGGAUUAAAGGUCGGACAUUUUACUCAUGCAUUUGUGGAUGAGGCAGGUCAAGCUACGGAACCAGAAUGUUUGAUACCACUAGGUCUUGUAUCAGGUGCAGACGGACAGAUAGUUCUUGCAGGUGAUCCAAAACAGUUAGGACCGGUAUUGAUGUCACCAGAUGCUAAAUUAUUUGGAUUAGAGUUAUCUUUGCUUGAAAGAUUAAUGGAAAGGCAGAUCUAUUGUUACAACGCACAACAAUUUUCUGAAUAUGGCGGCUUCGAUCCUAAUUUGGUGACGAUGUUGAUAGAGAAUUAUCGUUCUCAUCCGUCCAUACUUCAUCUACCAUCAAAAUUAUUUUACUUUAAUCAACUGAAAGUGAAAGCUGAUCCAAGUUUAACUCAUACUCUAGUUAACUGGUCAAUGUUGCCAACUCAAGGUGUUCCUGUUGUAUUCCAUGGUAUACGGGGAGAAGAUUUACGUGAAGGUAAUAGUCCAUCAUGGUUUAAUCCAGGUGAAGCUGUUUUAACUGUACAAUAUCUACAGAGUCUAAUUAAACAUACUGAUUUAAAUAUAGAUGUUGAAGAUAUAGGAAUUAUCACACCUUAUAGAAAACAGAUUGAGAAGAUCCGACUGUUGAUAGAGAAACUUGGUAUUGAAAGGGUCAAGGUUGGUUCAGUUGAAGAAUUUCAAGGUCAAGAGAGACAAGUUGUGAUUAUUUCCACGGUACGAUCUAAUGAGAAGUUGCUGGGACUUGAUUUACGCCAUGUUCUUGGUUUCCUUAGUAACCCAAAACGUUUUAAUGUAGCUAUUACAAGAGCACAAGCAGCGUUAGUUAUUAUUGGCAAUCCGUUUGUUCUAAUUCAGGAUGAGAAUUGGAGACAGUUAAUACAAUAUUGUGUAGAGAAUGGUGCUUAUACAGGAUGUGAUGUACCUGAUUUUGAUCCGCCUGAUAAUGAACAUGACGAGAGUCAUUAAACAGCGUUAUUUAACCCAACUGGUGGACAAAAUCCAAUGGUAGAAUGUGAUAAAAUUCAGAAACAAUAAGUGAAACUGUCUAUGUGAAACAAUAAGUCAAACUGUCUGUAUGAAACAUUCCAUUGUGAAUAAUUAUAACAUGGCCCCGAGUUCACAAAGCAUUCUCAGACUUAAGUUAAGAAUUUACUCAACUUUCAAUCACUGUUUAUGACAAAUAUCUUUGAUCCAGAAGCACAAAACUUUGCACAUAUUUUUUUAUUGAUGUAUUUGGUUGAUGUAUUUUGUACAUUAAAACAACAAAAGUCUUAUAAAUUUAGUUAAAACAAGGUGAACAAUUUUGGGUAAAUUCUUAACUUAAGUCUAAGAAUGCUUUGUGAACUCGGAACCAGAGGUCUCAUACUAACCAUUCAUUCAAAGUCUCUUCAAAGGGGUUAUUUUAAAGAAAUUAUUAGCCAUGUGAAGAGCCACGGUGACUAGCUGGGUAAUACGCUGGCUCGCUAUAGCCUGGAGGUCGCGUGUUUGAUCCCCACAUGUUAAUAUUUGUAUUUGUUUAUUGUUUUAGUUUCGUGUACUUACCGUUUGUUACUCUUUAUUUUGUACGUUUCCAAUCCUUAUUUUUAUACAUGCCUAGUGGAGCAUGCGUACUUUGAGUUUGUGACAUGGCGCCAAUAAAAAGAUAUACUGUACGAUUAA